UCCUAGUCUGCCAUGAUCAUUUUCAAUCUGAGCAACUACAACCCAGGACCCUUCAUUAUGAUGGGGAUCCCAGGCCUGGAACAAUCCCAUGUGUGGAUUGGGAUUCCCUUCUGUAUCAUCUAUAUUGUGGCCAUUGUGGGCAACUGCAUCCUUCUCUACCUCAUUGCUGUGGAGCGUAGCCUUCACGAGCCCAUGUUCUUCUUUCUCUCUAUGCUGGCCAUGACUGACCUCAUCUUGUCUACGGCAGGUGUUCCUAAAACACUCAGUAUCUUUUGGUUUGGGGCUCGAGAAAUCACAUUCCCAGGGUGCCUUACACAAAUGUUCUUCCUCCACUAUAGCUUUGUCCUAGAUUCAGCCAUCCUGAUGGCUAUGGCAUUUGACCGCUACAUGGCCAUCUGUUCUCCUUUGAGAUACACCACUGUCUUGACCCCUAAGACCAUCAUCAAGAUUGUUGUGGGCAUCUCCUUUCGAAGCUUCUGCGUAGUCCUGCCAGAUAUAUUCUUGCUCACACGCUUGCCUUUCUGUAAGACACGCAUCAUACCCCAUACAUACUGUGAACAUAUAGGUGUUGCCCAGCUUGCGUGUGCUGAUAUCUCCAUCAACAUCUGGUAUGGCUUUUGUGUUCCAAUUAUGAUGGUCAUCUCAGAUGUAAUUCUCAUUGCUGUUUCUUACACUCUCAUCCUCUGUGCUGUCUUUCACCUCCCGUCCCAAGAAGCCCACCAGAAGGCCCUUGGCACCUGUGGUUCCCAUGUCUGUGUCAUCCUCAUGUUUUAUACACCUGCUUUUUUCUCCAUCCUUGCCCAUCGCUUUGGACACAAUGUCUCCCGUACAUUCUACAUCAUGUCUGCCAACCUCUACAUUGUUAUCCCACCUGCACUCAACCCCAUUGUCUACGGAGUGAAGACCAAGCAGAUCAGAGAUAAGGUCAUACUUUUGUUUUCUACCAAGGGUACAGAAUGA